AUGUUUCUGCAAGUAAUUACAGGUUGCUAUAUAAAAAGAAUUAUAACUAACGUUGGUCAUGAGCUGGCCAGGUACAACAUUGCCAUAGCCGCACUCAGUGAAACCAGAAGGGCAGACACAGGCAGCGUGAAAGAGAUGGGAGUAGGUUACACUUUCUUCUGGAGUGGCAAAAUGGAGACCGAACCACGUGUCUCUGGUGUAGGUUUUGCCAUACGGAAUGACAUAGCCUCAUGUCUCACAUCUCUUCCAAAAGGGAUCUCAGAUCGCAUAAUGACCCUUCGCCUGCCCUUGGCAAGCAAGACACAUCUGACCCUCAUCGGCGUCUACGCACCCACUAUGACUCAUUCCAUGGAGGAGAGGGAGGCUUUCUACUCAAGCCUGCGCAAAGUCAUCCGCAGUGUACCAAGCAGGGAUAAGCUAUUGCUGCUUGGUGAUUUUAACGCCCGGGUUGGCAGAAACAAGGAUGCCUGGCCUGGGGAGUUGGGCUCACAUGGAUAUGGCAGGGAGAACUCAAAUGGUCUGCUGCUGCUCAGCCUCUGUGCAGAGGAAAACUUGGUGAUCACCAACACUGUUUUCAAACACAAGGAUGCACACAAGGUCACCUGGAUGCACCCAAGAUCGAAGCAUUGGCAUUUGCUAGACUAUAUUAUUACCAGACAACAGGACCUUGGAGACAUUCUUGAUACCAGAGCACUGAGAGGCGCAGACUGUUGGACUGACCAUAUCCUCCUAAGAUGCAAAGCCCUCUUCACAAUACACAAAUCAGUAAAAAAGAAGCCAAGCUGCAUUAAAAGGAAGCUUGAUGUAUCACAACUCAAGUGCAGUAAUGUUCAAAAGACGCUGCAGGAGCAGUUGUGCGAGCAACUUCCCGCCCUGCCCGUCGACACUGACACACCUGAGCAUGCCUGGCGCAAGUUUAGGGAAGCAGUAUUCUCAGCUGCGGAAACAACCCUGGGUUUCUACAAGUGCAAACAUCAAGACUGGUUUGACCAAAACAACCAGGACAUCCUCACUCUGAUUGAGGCAAAGCGCUCUGCUCAUGCUGCAUGGCUGAGUGACAAGAAUUCUGCUCCCAAGCACGCCCAAUUCAAGCAGCUUCGCAGGCAGGUGCAAAGCUGCACGAGGGAACUGAAGAAUGCCUGGUGGGCAGACAAAGCUGCUGAGGUACAGGAUCAUGCCAACGAAAAUCGGACCAAGGAGUUCUAUGAUGGGCUCAAAUCCAUCUUUGGCCCUGUUCAGUGCAAAACGGCUCCCAUUCGCAAUUGGGAUGGCAUGCUCCUCACUGACAAAGAGGACAUAUUGAAGCAAUGGACUCUUCACUUCAGUACCCUCCUCAACCAGACCUCAGCAGUGGCCGAUGAAGCACUGGAAGGCAUUCAGCAGCGUCCCAUCAUCCUAGAACUUGAUGCCCCACCAAAUACUGCAGAGACCGUUGCAGCCGUCAAACAGCUGCAAACAGGCAAGGCCCCUGGUCCAGAUGGAAUACCAGCUGAGGUGUUUAAAGCUGGCGGUGAAGCUCUGAUCACCCACCUGACCAGGCUGUUCCAAGUGUUCUGGGCAAACGGUAAGCUCCCUCAGGACUUCAGGGAUGCUAACAUCAUCCACUUGUACAAAAACAAGGGUGAUCGCUCGUCCUGUGAUAACCACCGCGGGAUAAGCCUACUCAGCAUUGCAGGCAAAAUACUAGCCCGCACUUUGCUGAACCGGAUCACCAAGCACAUACUGGAUGAUAUGGUGUCAGAGAGUCAAUGCGGCUUCAGGAAGCAGAGAGGCACUGUGGAUAUGGUCUUUGCCAUCAGACAGAUACAAGAAAAAUGUGUCGAGCAACACCAAGACCUCCACCUGCUCUUUAUUGACCUUACGAAGGCAUUCGAUACAGUGAACCGUCCUGCACUCUGGGCAAUACUUAGCAAGCUUGGUUGCCCACCUCGAUUCGUAGAGAUUAUCCGCUCCUUCCAUGAUGGCAUGCUUGGCAGGGUCAUAGAAAAUGGUGAUGCUUCUGACCCUUUUCCGGUGGCAAAUGGCGUAAAGCAAGGUUGUGUGCUUGCCCCAACUCUCUUCAGCCUUCUUUUUGCACAGAUGCUUUCUGCAGCACUCGCCCAAACUAGUGCAGGAGUCACAGUACACUAUUGUACCGAUGGCGACUUCUUCAACAUCCGUCGCCUGAAGGCUCAUAGCAAAGUGCGUCAGGCAGUUGUGCGAGACUUCCUCUUUGCAGAUGACUGCGCACUUGCAGCUCACUCUGAGGAAGAUCUCCAAGAGCUUGCUGACUGCUUUGCCACUGCAGCAAAGAUGUUUGGGCUGACAAUCAGCAUUAAGAAAACCGAGGUACUGAGACAGCUUGCACCAAACACCACUCGGCCUCCACCCAACAUCACUAUGGAUGGCAAUACCCUGAAAAAUGUGGAGAGCUUCAAAUAUCUAGGCAGCAGUAUAAAUUCUGCAGCCAACCUCGAUGAUGAGGUUCUGUGCCGCAUCUCCCAAGCUAGCCGGGCAUUCGGGCGUCUUCACACACGAAUAUGGCAAGAGCGGGGCAUCUCAAUCAAAACCAAGCUGAGCGUAUACAGGGCUGUGGUACUACCAUCUCUCCUUUAUGGCUGUGAGACUUGGACUUGCUACAGGCGGCAUAUCAAAAAACUAGAUCAAUUUCACCUGCGCUGCCUGCGCAAAAUCCUCCGAGUCAGUUGGAAGGACCGUGAGCCCAAUCAGGAGAUUCUUCGGAGGGCUGGGCUCACUGGCAUUGAAGCCAUGCUGAGUCAGUCACAGCUUCGCUGGUCAGGGCAUGUCACCCGCAUGGACGACAGCAGACUUCCUAAACAGCUGUUCCAUGCUGAGCUUUCAACUGGGAAACGUCACAGAGGUGGGCAGAGGAAACGUUACAAAGAUUCUUUGAAAUAUAACCUCAAGUCCUACAACAUCCCAAUUGAUGGGUGGCAAGCCAUGGCCCUGGACCGACCGAAGUGGAGGGCAACCAUCCGUGAGGGCAAAGAGAUAUUCGAAAACUGCAGACUGCAGAGGCUGGAUGAAAAAAGACAGGCUAGAAAGACCAGAGUGCCUGAUCCCAGCACUGCAGUGUCCUGCGAUCUGUGCGGCAAGGUGUGCGCUUCCACCUUUGGGCUCCAAGCCCACAAGCGCAAACACUGA